AUGGUGCGCACUAUGUUUACUGACAGAGAGGGUCGUGUUAUACUUAACGAGGGCACUUCUAAUGCAGAGUCUAAUGCAGACGAUCAUCGUAUUAGGCCAACUGCUUCUGCAAGGGCACAACGACGACGAGUACAGCGGCAACAGGAAGAAUCACAACCUGAACCCCAAACAGCUGAUAUAGAUGAACCUCCACAGGAUGUUGGAUAUCCUGGUGGUCCGGUUGAUAGUUCUGUCCUUAGGACAUUUGGCGAUCAUGUUGCGACUCGACUCUGGGAUGGCGAGCGGCAACAGGAAGAAUCACAACCUGAACCCCAAACAGCUGAUAUAGAUGAACCUCCACAGGAUGUUGGAUAUCCUGGUGGUCCGGUUGAUAGUUCUGUCCUUAGGACAUUUUGCGACCAUGUUGCAACUCGGCUCUGGGAUGAUCGGGGAGAAUUAAGGGUGUUCAGCAAUGGGAAAAAAUUAAAAGAAGUUGUUAUUGAAGACGAAGAGAUUGAGCAACUGGUUAAAAGCUCAGGAUUGUAUUCGUUACUAAAAUGCAGCUAUGAAAUGAUCGACAAAUGGAUCAUUUCUGCAUUCGUAGAGAGGUGGCAUCGUGACACCAGUAGCUUUCAUCUCCCUAUUGGUGAAAUGACGAUUACUUUGGACGACGUGUCAUCUUUGUUGCAUAUUCCCAUUACCGGUGCAUUCUUCAGUGUUAAUGUAUUUAACAAGGAUGAAGGUGCAGAUAUAUUGGCAGAGCUUCUUGGAGUUAGUCACGGUGUUGCUUAUGUUGAAUUUAAUGUGACGCGGACAACCACAGUUAGGUAUAGUUGGUUACUUGACGUAUACCAUCAGCGUUGUCGUGAGCAGCGUUGGUAG